GAUCAUUUGCGUCGCCAGGAUACAGAUGGAUCGCAUAACAUCAUACAUAUGUUAGAUUACUUCAAUUUCCGAAACCACAAAUGUAUCACUUUUGAGCUGCUCAACAUCAAUUUGUACGAGCUUAUCAAAAAGAACAAAUUCCAAGGAUUCAGCUUGAUGUUGGUACGCAAAUUUGCGUAUUCUAUGCUCCUAUGUCUGGAUUUGUUACAAAGGAAUCGAUUAAUCCAUUGCGAUUUAAAACCGGAAAAUGUUCUUUUGAAACAGCAAGGACGAAGUGGUAUCAAAGUCAUCGACUUUGGCUCAUCCUGUUUUGACGAUCAGCGCAUUUAUACCUACAUCCAAUCACGGUUUUAUAGAGCACCAGAAGUGAUUCUUGGUUCCAAAUAUGGAAUGCCGAUCGAUAUGUGGUCUCUCGGUUGUAUUCUAGCCGAGCUCCUAACCGGAUAUCCGCUCCUCCCUGGUGAGGACGAAAAUGAUCAGCUUGCCCUAAUUAUCGAAUUGCUAGGAAUGCCACCAAAUAAAGUUUUGGAAAAUGCUAAACGGGCACGUACAUUUAUAUCAUCUAAGGGAUAUCCUCGUUAUUGCACCGCAUCUGUCAUGCCAGAUGGCUCCGUUGUAUUAAGUGGAGCACGAAGCAAACGAGGGAAGAUGCGCGGACCACCAGGCAGUCGAAGUUGGAAUACGGCUCUCAAAAAUAUGGUAAUUUUUUGGUCUUCAAAAAAGUCAACCUCCUGCUAA